AGCCACGCGACAUCCGAGCAUCGAAACGCGUCCAUUCCAAUCCGUUCGCAACCAUUUUUUAUGUGUAGAUCGAUCCACGAUCGAGUGACGAGUGUUUUUCGGUGAUCUCCACUUGGUCCCUUCGAGAAACACCUGAACCGAGAAUACUAUCUUGGCAGACAGACCGGCUGGAUCGACGCUCAAUAAAUCAGCCACAAUAUGGAGCAAGGUGGCGUGUCGAUAAUAACACCGACCGGGAUCACGGAAAGUUCGGUGGGCAAGUCAAAGAGCAUCGGGAUCACGUUCAGCUCCAGGCCAAGUCUACAGGCGGCCAAGGAGAAGUUCAAAACUCCGUGGCUGAGCAACUUGCUAAAGGAGGAUGCUACCGCACGUGAGGUCCUAAACACCGCCAUCGCAGAGUUCAUUGGAACAGCGAUAUUGGUCUUCAUCGGUUGCACAGGAUGCAUAGGGAGUCUGGGUAUCGUUCCUGGUGUCCUGCAGAUCUCCUUGACCUUCGGUCUCGCCGUGAUGAUCGCUAUACAGUGCGUAGGACACAUCAGUGGCGCCCACAUCAACCCCUGCAUAACAUUGGCCGCGUUGGUCCUCGGUACAAAAUCGCUACCCAUGACAGUGGUCUACAUUCUGUCCCAGUGCGUCGGUGCAUUGACCGGCUACGGUCUCCUAAGGGUGAUCACCCCAGUGGAACUGAUCUUUGCCGCCACGCCAGACACAGCGAUGAACUUCUGCAUGACGGACAUCAACGAGAAACUAAGCGAUCUCCACGGCUUUUUCGCAGAAAUGUUAGCCACUGGGAUCCUGGUCUUCUUCGCAUGCGGCCUUUGGGACCAUAGGAACGCUAGGAAUUCGGACUCAGCGUCCCUGAGGUUCGGCCUUUGCAUCUCCGCAUUGUGCUUCAUCUUCAUCCCCUACACAGGCUGCAGCAUGAAUCCCGCGAGGACACUGGGCCCUGCGGUUUGGAACGGUUACUGGGGACACCAUUGGGUCUACUGGCUGGGACCCAUCUGUGGAUCACUUGUCGCCUCGUUAUUGUAUCGGGGACUGUUUCUUUACAAGGAUCAUCUUGGGGCGAAUGGGAACCUACGUAGCGUGGAGACGUAAAGGGGAUCAUCGUGAAGGCGAGUAAUGACAUUCCGGUGGUUCACGAUUCACGAUCCAACCGAGAAAUCCUAAUCGUGUUGUAAACCGAAAGCGGAGCUGGCUCUCUGUGGCUGCAGUACUUGCGAGUGGGAGGAGCCUUCCUCCUCGAUUCAUGGUGUGUGGCGAGCAAAGAAUGUUCCACGCGAGGAGGAUUUCUCGGUCACAGACUGAUCCCGGUCGAUUCGAUUAUGUACAAAGUAUUCCAUAUUGUAAAUCAUGUCCGUGGAAUUGCCUCUGAACUCGUUCUUAAAAAAUUCCAAUUGGGCGGGGGACGGGGCGUAGUUUGUGGGCGGAGCCUGUCACGGUAACUCGCCCAUAAACUGUUUUAUUUAUCGAGUUCAUAUUUUACAAACAUAUCGGUUUGCAAAUAGGGCUUAAUGGAGACCAAAAACUGGUUCUCCAAACUUUUAAAUCACGCCCACAAGGUCUUUCUAAAGAAAUUUAUCUGUGUCGGGUCACAUAAAGGUCAGUCGAAUUUGCGCAAUUGAAUGAAUAUUCGAUUAGUCUCUCGCGCCGAGUGACGGCUCGCCAGACACUGGACUUGUUCUUGAAAAUUUCUACUAGGUGGAGGGGGCGGGGCGAAGUUUGUGGGCGGAGCCUAUCGCCGUAAAUCCACCAAAAAUUGUUUUAUCUACCAAGCUAAUAUUUUAUAAACAUAUCAAUUCGCGAAUAAGACUUAAUAGAGACCACAAAUUGGUUUUCCAAAUUUCUAAAUCACGCCCACAAAAGUUUUUCUAAUAAAACGUGGGCGAAUAUUGGCGUAAUUAACGAAUAUUCCAGUAUUUCUCGCCCUAGUGACGGCUUGCUAGACACGAAUUCGCUGGUCGUUAGUGAAAGUCGUAGGUGAACAACGGUUGAUCCGUCCGAGUUGGGGCGGUUCCGCGUGGAAAUACGAAAUAACGGAAUUAGUGAGGCGCGCGGGCGUGCACGGAAAUUACCCGCGGCGGUGUCGCCUCGUGGAAACUUUUAAUUGCGUCCACCACGCCCGUCGCCCGCAGUUACAUCGACCUAAUGUUUAACCAGAAACGGUCCACAAGUCGGAGGUACCUGAUCGACGAGUUUCAGAGGCAAACGAGGGGCGAGAUGGCGCGUAGAAAUAAAUUUGAUACGU